AUGCUGCUUACGGGCCACGAUGGGGAGGUGUUUUGCUCAGAAUUCUCUCCUGAUGGGCGGGCCCUGGCGACCGGCUCCUUCGACAAGUCCAUCUAUCUCUGGAAUGUGUAUGGUGAGUGUGAGAACUACGGCGUUAUGAAAGGCCAUGCCAACGCUGUCUUGGAGGUGCACUGGAAGCAUGACGGCACCCAGCUUUACAGCUGCUCUGCCGACAAGAGCGUGUGCGUAUGGGACCCGGAAUCCGGCAAGCGGCUGAAGAAGCUGAACGGGCACACGGCGAUCGUGAAUAGCAUGCAGGCGAGCGGCUCUGUCCUAACAAGCGUUGCCGUUCCUGCCAAGCUGUAA